GAAAAAGCCUAGAACGGAAGUUUCUUUGUUCCUCAUCAAAAUCACGCACGCACGCACGCACGCACCCGAACACGAACACGGUUUGCUUGGCUGUCUUCUUUGAUGUUUUCUUAUGAUCCAUAAGAAUCACAGCCCAAGCUCCAAGACUUGAUUACGCUUUGAGUUUUUGCCUUUGAUUUCUUUUCCUUUCCCCUGUUUUCUGGUUUUGAAGAAGAAGCAACUGCUCGCUAGUUAGUAGAUUACGUCGUGAUUCGGCAGGCAUUGAAGGGAUCGAGUUUCAGAGGUAAUAAGCAGCAGAACGGGUUAUGAUUACUUUCUGCGGGUUAAACCCAGUUCAGGUUCAGGUUGGCCUCAAUUCCUCUCCAUGGUGAGGACGAUUCCUCAUUACAGAAUGGUGUUUUUCCCCCUUGCGAUCAUACUUUUGAUUGUCUACCCAACUGCAUCCGAAAACUCGACUGUUGCGGGGAACUCAGGCCCCUGUAAACAAUACAACUCUUGCGGAGCUAAUCAACCUGUACAGUACCCAUUUGGGUUCUCGAGUUCGUGCCCGAUUCCAUUAACGUGCUUCAACAACUCUGAUAUCCGAAUCGGCAAAUUCCGAGUCCGUAAAAUAACCUCAAGCAGCAUCAUCGUCGAUCUCCCAGCGGAAUGUAACCGUCCUAUAGAAUCGAUCAAACCGCUCUUCGGCACCAAAUACGCACUGACAUGGGGGAACAGCCUCCUCCUUCAGAGCUGUACCUCCCCGUCAAACUCCUGCACGGUACCCACCAACUUCGUCCGGAACCUGAUCGAUCUUAAGACCUGCAAUUCCACGAGCGACAAUAUAAGCUGCUUGGCCAGCGAGAGUAAAGGAAAAGCGGAGAUCAUGAGCUACGAGAACGUGACUUUGAAGAACUGCAUGUUCCUGUUCUCGUCCGUCUUGCUUAACUCGGAUGGGAACGAGUCGCUGGUUUCGCUCCAGUUUCAGAGGGUUGAGCUGGGGUGGUGGCUCCAAGGGAAUCCUAAUUGUUCUGAUAAUUCAAAUUAUACUCAGUUUCCGACUCCCGGCGGGAAGAGAGGGUACCGGUGCAUGUGUAAAGAUGGGUUUAGCGGUGACGGGUUCCCCCGCGGCGACGGUUGCCGGAAAGUUUCUGAUUGCAAUCCUGCAAGGUACCUGUCUGGUCGUUGUGGACAUAUCUCAAGAGUUGGUCUUCUCCUUGGAGGGAUUGUUGCUGGAGCUUGUAUCAUGGCUGGUCUGUCUACCACUUGUUACUUUGUUCGGCGCCGCUCCACUUGUUUGAAGAAUCGAAUGAGUGCACUACGCCUCCUUUGCGAAGCUGCUGGCAACUCCAGUGUUCCUUUGUAUCCUUACAGAGAAAUAGAAAGAGCCACUAAUUGUUUCUCUGAGAGACUGAGACUCGGAACUGGGGCCUUUGGUACGGUUUAUGCAGGAAAACUUCAAGAUGAUGAGUGGGUUGCCAUAAAAAAGAUCAAAUAUAGAGAUACCAACAGUAUUGACCAAGUUCUGAAUGAGAUCAAGCUUCUUUCCUCUGUGAGCCACCCAAAUCUAGUUCGCCUUUUAGGUUGCUGCAUAGAGGAGGGUGAACAGAUCCUUGUCUAUGAAUUUAUGCCUAAUGGAACUCUCUCAGAGCAUCUACAGAGAGAGAGGGGCAAAGGACUCCCGUGGACAAUAAGGCUCACAAUUGCUGCUGAAACUGCUCAUGCCAUUGCAUAUCUCCACUCUGCCAUGAAUCCACCGAUUUACCAUAGAGACGUGAAAUCAAGCAAUAUAUUAUUGGAUCACAGCUUCAAAUCAAAGGUAGCCGAUUUCGGUCUUUCUAGACUGGGCAUGACAGAGACAUCACACAUCUCAACGGCCCCGCAAGGGACUCCAGGAUAUGUUGAUCCUCAAUACCAUCAGAACUUCCAUCUCUCUGAUAAAAGUGAUGUUUACAGUUUUGGGGUGGUUUUAUUAGAGAUCAUAACUGCAUUGAAAGUUGUUGAUUUUGGUCGACCAGCUAGUGAGGUGAAUUUGGCAGCACUUGCUAUUGAUAGAAUUGGGAGGGGUUGUGUGGAUGAGAUAAUCGAUCCUUUCCUUGAGCCACAUAGGGAUGCUUGGACAUUUUAUUCUAUUCACAAGGUGGCUGAGCUUGCAUUCAGAUGCCUUGCUUUCCAUAGUGAAAUGAGGCCUUCUAUGAUGGAAGUGGCAGAAGAGCUGGAACACAUCAGACGCAGCGGGUGGGCAACAUUCGAGGGAAAUAUGUGCAUAUCGUUUUCAGUGGCGUCCUCUUGUUCAUCACCACAUAAUGGAAGCGAGAAGUCACUGGGAAGCAUGACAGUUGGGAAGGCAGAGUUGGGGAGUCGGAGAUCGAUUGUUUCACAAGGGAAUGAUUAUGUGGCUUUAAUGGAGGAGACAAAAGAUAGUUCCCCUGUUUCUAUGCAUGAUCCUUGGUUAAGUGAGCAGAGCUCCCCUUCAACAAACAGCUUGUUGGGUAACGUAGUUCGAUGAUAUGAAUGCUGCUUCUUUUGGGUCUGUAGCUUUAUGUUGUCUUGUGAAUGCCACACAAGUAUGCUAGAGCUUUCCCUUACCUGCCUUACUACAUUAUUAAUUACAGAUUUCUUUUCCUCUCUUUUCAAUGCCAUCAGAUAUUACUAACAAUGUUAAAGGAUAGACAUACUUACAUUACUAAAGAAUUUACUUAAUAUAUAUAUAUAUAUAUAAAUUAGAAAGAUUAA